UUUUGCUGGCAGCAUUUCAGAAGGGAAGGAGAUCUUCAACCCCAGCAAGGACUCCUUCCGCCAUCAGUUAUGUGGUGUCUGAGCAAGAAAACCCCAGCAAGAAAGAUCUUGAAAUGAAGCAACUCUUCAGGGGGCCGUACAAUAGAUCGGCGUGCAACCACACCCGCCUGGAGCCCCUCGUUUUCUUCCUGUCUGGGAUUCCUGGCCUGGAACAAGCUCACCACUGGAUCUCCAUCCCCUUCUGCUCCAUGUUUGUCAUCUCCCUUCUGGGCAACGGCACCCUCCUCUAUGUGAUCAAGACAGACCUGAGUCUCCACAAACCCAUGUUCUUCUUCCUCUCCAUGCUGUCCUCCAUUGAUCUGGUAUUGUCCCUCACCACCAUGCCCAAAACCCUGGGCAUCUUCUGGUUCAACGCCGGGGAGAUUGGGUUGGUUGGCUGCCUGGUGCAGAUGUUUUUCCUCCACUCCUUUUCCAUCAUGGAGUCUGCAGUGCUCUUGGCCAUGUCCUUUGACCGCUACGUGGCCAUUUGCCACCCUCUGAGGUACCACAGCAUCCUGACUCAUUCGCUGGUGGUCAAAGCAGGGCUGGUGGCUUUGAUGAGAGCGGUGGCCCUGAUGCUGCCGCUGCCGUUCCUGCUCCGGAGACUGUCCUACUGCCACUCCUUCCUCAUUGCCCACUGCUACUGCGAGCACAUGGCCGUGGUGAGGCUGGCCUGUUCCAACACCCGCUUCAAUAAUGUCUACGGGAUCUUCGUGGCUCUCCUGAUUGUUGGCUUUGACUUGGGCUUCAUCGUGCUGUCCUAUGCCAAGAUCCUCCGAGCUGUCUUGAGCUUGGCUACCAAGGAGGAACAGCACAAAGCCUUUGGCACCUGCCUGUCUCAUGUCUGCGCCAUCUUGGUCUUCUACGUUCCUGUGGUUCUCUCCUCUGUCAUACACAGGUUUGGCCACCAUGUUCCUGCCUACAUCCACAUUCUCUUGGCUAAUUUCUACCUGCUCUUCCCACCAAUGAUGAACCCUAUUAUCUAUGGGGUGCAGACAAAGCAGAUCCGAGAGAGAGCUCUCCACCUCUUCCAUCACCAGCAGCUGUUACGAAAGGCAGCCUUGUAAAGGAACUGCUUAUUCAGAAGCUCGUAUCUAUAUGCAACAUAUAAAUCCGGAUACUUUCUUCUCCACAUCUUCACAUUCAUAAGGAAGAGCACCUCCAUCUUCCCUACCUUGUAGGACCUGUGAGAAUCCCAGGCCUUGUUCUCAUCAUCACUGCAACUGGCCAAAGUAAGGAGAAAAGUUUCCUCUACUGGGACUGAUUUGGUUGCUUCAUCCAUUUCCCCUCUGAGCCUGGCUGUCAGAUCUGCCUCAACUUGGACUUCUAACAGUGGUGAAAUCCAAUUUUUUUUUACUACUGCUUCUGUGGGCAUGGCUUGGUGGGUGUGGCAGAGGAAGGAUAUUGCAAAAUCUCCAUUCCCACCCCACCCCAGGGGAAGGAUACUGCAAAAUCUCCAUUCCCACCCCA